CACUCACCACCCUGUUCCUCCCCCUCACCUACACCUCCCCUCCCCCUCGCUCCCGAGCGAGAACCCGCUGCCGUUCGAUCUUGCGGGCCGGGUUGGGGAAUUUUGCUGACUCGGAUGGGGAAUUUUGCCGGCUCGGUUGGGGUUACUACUGAUGUUCGACUUCGAGUUGGUUACUACUGAUAUCUCCUACUUACAAGUCUUACUGAUCUCCUACUUACAAGCCUUACUGAUCUUCUACCACUUACUGAUCUCCUACUUACAAGUCUCACUGAUCUUUGACUUUGAGUUACGUAGUUACUAUCAAUCUCGCGUAGUGUAGUGUACUGAUCUCGCGUAGUGUAGUGUACCAAUCUCGCGCGGUGUACUGAUCUCGCGCGGUGUACCGAUGUCGAUCUCGGCCUGCCUUCUACUUUACGUACCCAGCCUGUUAGCUACUUUACUGUCCUGGCCUGUUAGCUACUUUACUGUCCUGGCCUGUUAGCUACGUUGCUGACCCGGCCCGUUACCUACUUUACUGACACUCCCCUCCCUCGCCGACUCGCCCCUCCCGUGUCUCCCGACUCGCCCCUCCCGGGUCUCCCACCUCGGUCGGUCUGCCACUGAUCUCCCCUGACGUGGUCAGUCCCUAAUCCCCCGACGUGUCUCUAAUCUCCCUCGACGCGGGCUGUCUACGUGACUACGUGCGAG